GAACGGAACCCGAGGGAGAAGAGGGGGGCCCCACGGAUUUAGGGGGGAGGGGAAAAACCAUGGGGGGCACCCCUCCAGAACCCCUUUACCGGGCGCGCUGUCUCCACUGGAAGAGGCACAGAGAGACACUUUCCCCGGGAUCCUAAGUGUGGGGGCGGCUGGCUGGGGGGUUCAUCCUGCCAACGCCCGAGGCUCGGAAAAGAGUGUUGGCGGAGGGAGCAGACAACGUGCCGGGACAUGGCCUAGGUCCUUCGGACCCGGCCACCAUGACCUCUUUGCCCUGUUCCCUCCCUGGCCGGGAAGGCUCUAAAGCUGUCUUCCCGGACCUCGCCCCCGUCCCGUCGGUAGUGGCCACCUACCCGCUUGGCCUGUCCCCCGCAACCGCAACCUCCCCCGAUUUGUCCUACUCCGGACCGCAUGGCCACCUCCUACCCUACCCGUACACCGGGCCGGCGACCCCCGGAGACUCCUACCUGCCCUGCCAGCAAUCCGCGGCGCACUCUCAGCCCCUCUGCGGCCCAGCCGAGUCCCCGCAGGAACUGGAGGCGGACUCGGAGAAGCCGCCGCUGUCCCCGGAGCCCUCGGAGCGGCGACCGCAGGCCCCGACCAAGAAGCUACGCAAGCCGAGGACCAUCUACUCGAGCCUGCAGCUGCAGCACCUAAACCAGAGGUUCCAGCACACGCAGUACCUGGCGCUGCCCGAGAGGGCCCAGCUGGCAGCGCAGCUCGGCCUCACCCAGACCCAGGUAAAGAUCUGGUUUCAGAACAAACGCUCCAAAUACAAGAAGCUUCUGAAGCAGAACUCUGGGGGGCAGGAAGGAGACUUCACUGGGAGGCCCUCUUCCCUGUCUCCCUGCUCCCCACCCCUUCCAUCCCUCUGGGAUCUGCCCAAGGCAGAUACCCUGCCCACUGGUGGCUACGGCAACAGCUUCGGAGCCUGGUAUCAGCAUCACUCCCCAGAUGUCUUGGCUCCACCUCAGAUGAUGUGAGUCUGGAGAAGGAUGGCUCAAGCCCUAGCCCUCCUACAAAGCCCAGGACCCAGCCCACCUGCACCCCUUCUGGGCCGGGAGAAAACCAGCUCCAGAUGGGUUUUCUCAGAAGAAGGAAGAGCUAGAGGAGAAAAAGGGAUGGGGUGGAGUCCUGUCCCCCUAACCCAAACAGCUACAUCAAGGACUUUGGCCACUGCCCCCCACGACUGCCAUGAACUGGACAAUUUC